UCUGGAUGCACAGCAGCUGACUGGGACGUGGGGCUUUCUCCGACAUAGACAGUACUGGCAGUCAGAUAUGACUGUCCAGAAACUUGUGGCCACAGCUGUGCUGGUGGCUCUCGUCUCCCUCAUCCUCAACAACGCAGCAGCCUUUACCCCCAACUGGGUGUACCAGACGCUGGAGGACGGACGCAAGCGGAGUGUGGGGCUGUGGAAGUCCUGCUGGCUGGUGGACAGGGGUAAGGGAGGCACAAGCCCUGGGACUCGAGCUGGGCAGGUGGACACACAUGACUGUGAGGUGCUAGGAUGGGGCUCUGAAUCAGCAGGUUUCCAGGAGUCCCGAGGCACCGUCAAACUACAGUUUGACAUGAUGCGUGCUUGCAACCUGGUGGCCACAGCCGCACUUGCCGUGGGUCAGAUCACCUUCGUCCUUGGGCUGACAGGCCUGCCCCUGAUGUCACCAGAGUCCCAGUGCUGGGAGGAGGCAAUGGCUGCUGCAUUCCAGCUGGCAAGCUUCGUGCUCGUCAUCGGGCUGGUGACCUUCUACAGAAUUGGCCCCUACACCAACUUAUCUUGGUCUUGCUACCUGAACAUUGGUGCCUGCCUUCUAGCCACCCUGGCGGCUGCGAUGCUCAUCUGGAACAUUCUUCACCGGAGGGAGGACUGCAUGGCGCCCCGGGUGAUUGUCAUCAGCCGUUCUCUCACAGCGCGGUUCCGCCGUGGCUUGGAUAAUGACUAUGUGGAGUCUCCGUGCUGAGAACACCCUUAUUGGGACUUUAUCUAUGAACAACCACUAUUACGUCAUAGUCUAGAAACCAGUAGACUGUCCUGAGCCCUGCUUGUGCAGAGGUGUGGGGCAAGUCUGGGCUACCUAUAUAUACAUGUGUAUGAUACUCAUGUACAUUUAUUAUGUUACAUAUGAACAUGGUAUGUGUCUCUAUGUCAUUGUGCCACCCUACUUCUGACACAAUCUUCCUUGGCCAGCAGCACGGCAAGGCUUCACAUUAUGCAAGUUUAAAAGGUGGAGACUAGAAGCUGAGGCAGGGAAGGAGGCAGUGUGGGCACCUUGCUCUCCACCUCCAUUUGGGGUUAAUUUAUUCUGCAUCUGCUAAGAUGGUAUCCCUGGUUACUUUCAUAAAGCACAACGUGCAGGAAGCUUUUCAUGAAGGAUUGAUAAUCCUGGAAUGAGACAGAACUUCUACAGGUGGUAAUGGUUUUAUGUCAGAAUUGGGUUAGUAGUGUACGUUUUACUCCUGACGAUUCAUCUAAGUUAAAAUAAACACAAGCCUCUGAAUGUGUCUAAAACUUGUGUUUUAUCCGUCCACACCUCCACAC